AUGACAACUGACAAACAACACAUCAAGAUUGCCGCCGGAGAGUGGGUUCCGUACUCGAAGAUGGAGUCUGGUCCCGGCGGCUCCGUCACCAUAUUCGGACCCAUGAUGGAAGUUCUCGACAUCUUCUCGGCGCUCCUAAACUUCGAUUACGAGUUGGUUCCCGCCCCUGGUAACCUGUGGGGCGGACCGCUUCCCAAUGCUACCUGGACGGGAAUGCUGGGAAUGCUGCAUCGCCAGGAGGCUGAGCUGGCCAUCGCGCCGUUCUUCGUCACGCCGCAGCGGGAGAGCGUCUGUGACUUCACGGUGCCGGUGUUCAGCGACUACCAGGCCAUCCUGAUGCAGCGGCCGCGCCUCCAGAGCGACGUGGCGGGGUUCGUCAAGCCGUUCACUCCCAAGGUAUGGCUGCUGAUCCUGGCAAGCUUCGUGGCCAUCAGCAUCAUGGUGGGCUUCGUGGCAGGGCAGGAGGCGCGGCUGUUCCAUGCCCUUCUGAUACGACCAUGGACCAAGGCUACACUGAUGGCUGCCCAAACCCUGUCGCAGGAGUCCUCCGAGUGGCUGCCGCGGCAUGACGCAGGCCGUGUGUUGGCCGUGGUGUGGCUGCUGGCGUCCCUGGUGUUCAUGUCCUCCUACAGCGGCAUCCUCACCGCCAUGCUCACCGUGCCUCGGGUCACCAUUCCCAUCGACUCCCUUAUUGACCUGGUGUCCCAGGACGACCUGCCCUGGAGGCUGGAGGCUGGAUCCAUGAUGUAUUCCUUCUUCGAGGAGUCGGACGAUCCUGUGGGGCGGCGAGUGUUUACCGAGAAGGCGGGAACCUUCCAGGACUGCUGGGCAGCGCGGCAAGACGUAGCCGACGGGGCGUUCGCGGCCAUCUGCGACAGGACCACCAUGAUGAAGGCCAUGUCGUGGGACUUCAGCACCACCGGCAAGUGUCACCUCUACAUGUCACAGCAGAAGGUGUACACCAGCGGCAUCCUCUCCAUCGCCUUCCAGACUAAGUCGAAAUACCUCCCGGCGGCGAACAAGAUUCUGCUGGUGCUGAAGGAGGUGGGUCUGCUGGACAAGUGGCUGGGCGAGCAGAUCACCAACACCAGCCAGUGCCUCCGCCCGCCCUCCGCUGAUUCGGGCCGCGGCGUCAAACCACUCAGUAUCGAGGCUCUCUCUGGCCCCCUCGCUGCCCUCUUGCUGGGUGAGUCGGUGGCCAAGGAAACUCAAGCGACCUUAAGGGACUCGAGUGUUCUUUGAAAGGUGAAAGUACCUGUCCUUGUGAUAUAAAUGUCAAGGUUAGGUGGAAAUAUUCAGCUAAAGAAAUGCGUUGGUGUUGAUUUCUGGAUAUAAGUUUUCUGACAUGUCUGAAAGCUACUUUGAUUGAUGAAAUUUCCAUGAAAGUAGAGGAAAAUACGCGAUGUAACACCAUAUCUUUUAACCCGGAUUAUCUUCUCUCGCUAUA